UGGCCCGCCCGCCCGGAGACCCGCGAGAGCCCCAGUUACAGAAGACUUGUCCUAUCACCACCAUGAGCUCUGAAUGCGAUGUUGGUGCUUCCAAAGCUGUGGUGAAUGGUUUGGUUCCGGGCGGCAAUGGGCAAGACAGAGACACGGAUCCUACAAAAAUCUGCACUGGGAAGGGAGCGGUGACUCUCCGGGCCUCGUCCUCCUACAGGGAGAUCCCAAGCGGUAGCCCUGUGAGCCCUCGGGAAACCCCGCAAGAGGAAAGGAAACCAGAUGAGUGGAGGCUUCCUUCCAAUGCUGAUGCCAAUGGAAACGCCCAGCCCUCUCCACUCGUUGCCAAGGGCUACCGAAGUGUGCAUCCCAACCUUCCUUCGGACAAGCCUCAGGACUCAAGUCCUCUACUAAAUGAACUUUCUUCAUCGCACGUUGGAACUGAUUCCCAGACCUUUGCACCAGUUAGCAAGCCAUCAUCUGCCUACCCCUCCACGACAAUUGUCAAUCCUACUAUUGUGCUCUUGCAACAUAAUCGAGAACAGCAGAAACGACUCAGUAGCCUUUCAGAUCCUGUCUCGGAAAGAAGAGUGGGAGAGCAGGACUCAGCACCAACUCAGGAAAAACCCACCUCCCCUGGCAGGGCUGCUGAGAAGAAGGUGAAGGAUGACAGCAGGCGGGUGGCAAAGAGCACUCAGGACCUGAGCGAUGUUUCCAUGGAUGGUGUGGGCAUCCCACUCCGGAACACCGAGAGAUCAAAAGACUGGUACAAGACCAUGUUUAAGCAGAUCCACAAACUAAACAGAGAUGAUGAUUCAGAUCUGUACUCUCCUCGAUAUUCCUUUUCUGAAGACACAAAAUCUCCCCUUUCUGUGCCGCGCUCAAAAAGUGAGAUGAACUACAUUGAUGGUGAGAAGGUAGUUAAGAGGUCGGCCACGCUUCCCCUCCCGACCCGCUCUUCCUCGCUAAAAUCAAGCCCAGAAAGAAACGACUGGGAGCCCCCAGAUAAGAAAGCGGAUACAAGAAAAUACCGUGCAGAACCCAAAAGCAUUUACGAGUAUCAGCCGGGCAAGUCCUCCGUUCUGACCAACGAAAAGAUGAGUCGGGAUAUAAGCCCAGAAGAGAUAGAUUUAAAGAAUGAACCUUGGUAUAAAUUCUUUUCGGAAUUGGAGUUUGGGAAACCGAGCUCAGCAGUCAGCCCCACUCCGGAAAUUUCUUCAGAGCCUCCUGGAUAUGUAUAUUCUUCCAACUUCCAUGCGGUGAAGAGGGAAUCAGAUGGGGCUCCCGGGGAUCUUACCAGCUUGGAGAAUGAGAGGCAGAUUUAUAAAAGCGUCUUGGAAGGAGGAGAUAUCCCUCUCCAGGGCCUGAGUGGGCUCAAGAGGCCAUCCAGCUCGGCCUCAACUAAAGGUAACUGGGCGAAGCCUGCAGGCCUCUCGCCCAUCCACACGGCUAUCAGGAUAUCUCUCGCCCGUCCACACCCAUUCCUGGGGUGAUGACAGCGAGGGUGAACCUCCAGCGACUGGGAUGAGUUUUGACUCGUUGAGAUCCAUUUCCAGGCCACGGAGCCCUUGUAGUCCCCUCCCCUAGUAUCUCACCGGCCAUUUUUCUUUCUGGUACGAAUAGUUUCCCUUCCUUUGAACCCCAACC